CUAUAGCUGUUUUUGUAAUAUUGGCGCGAUUCUCAGACACUACUCAGCUGUAGUAGCUGAUACUGGGUGGAUUUAUUAAAACCUUUGGUGUUUGUUUUGUGGUAGAUAUGUACGAUUUUAAUGUGUACGCACUGUUUAAUUGCGAUAAGCCACCGCAAAAACUAAAAAGUGAUACAGAGAAACUACAGUUUGGAGUAGAGCUGGAAAAUUCCUGGCCAGAUCAGGUGGUGGUUUUUACUCGGGGUGACUGGCGUAUAUAUUCUCCUGGCACAACAAUUGAUGUGGAGGUAGUUGGCAGUGAUGAGAUAGCAUGGAAGCUCGGCACAGUGACAGAGGAAAACAGAUGUCUUGCAUGGGAGCAAAGUAUUGAAAAAGACUGGGCAAACUGGGGAAUCGGAAACUUCAGGCUGAAACUGACCAUUAAUGGACAGUUGUCACAUGAAGGUGUUACACCUAACUUAAAACACUCUUGUAAGAAACAUGCCAGGUCUGGAAAGGAGCUUAUUGAUGACUCCAGUAUUCACUCAGUCCCAAAAGCAAAAGAGAAGACACCUAAGAGUGUUAAUCAGAGCCCUGAAUCGGAGGUACCUCCUUUGAAAGAGUCUCAUGGAAAGAGGAAGCGCAGAAUUCUAUCAAAAGAAGAAGAGAUAUUACAGAACAAUGAAAACAACUGUCCCAAUGCAUCAUCUAUUAAAGGAACUACUCCACAACGACAAGGUCGCCCAUCUUCCCGUGUUAAGCAGAUACGACUUUUUGAGUGUCAUGAGGAUAAAACCAGGACUUUGAGUUCCACUAGAGAGGAAGUCCCCUCUGGUCGCUGGGGACAAGCUCUUUGCACAAUUGAUGACCACACAGCUAUACUAAUUGGAGGGCAGGGCUCCCGGAUGCAGUUCUGCAAGGAUUCCAUGUGGAAGCUCUGUACAACUACUGGUGUCUGGAAUGCUGCAGAGACAAUUGCUGAUGGCCCCACACCUGAGUGCCGUAUCGGCCAUACAGCUACCUUAAAUCCUGAAACAAAGCAUAUAUAUGUUUUUGGAGGUUCUAAGAACAAGAAGUGGUUCAAUGAUGUUCACAUUCUGGACACAAAGACAUGGAAAUGGUCAAUGGUUGAGGCAAAGGGAAAAGUGCCACCUCUAGCAUAUCACAGUACUACAAUGUUUCGUGGCGAGUUAUUUGUCUGGGGAGGAGUCUUUCCUAGGCCAAACCCUGAACCUGAUGGUUGCAGUGAUUCACUUUACAUCUUUGACCCCCAGCAUGAGAUCUGGUACCAGCCUAUUGUGUUGGGAAGUCGUCCAGCACCAAGAUCAGGUCACUCUGCUUGUCUGAUUCAGAAAAAACUGUAUAUCUUUGGAGGCUGGGAUGCUCCUGUAUGCUUCAAUGACAUGCACAUAUUGGAUCUGAGUCUCAUGGAAUUUUCUGCUGUGGAUGUAAAUGGACAACCACCAUCUCCUAGAAGCUGGCAUGCCUCUGCAGUGUUGUCAGACUACAGUUUUGUGAUUCAUGGAGGAUAUGAUGGAAAUAAUGCUUUGAGGGACACUUUCAUCUUCAAUACAGAAAGCAGCACCUGGACCGCUCUUGUGAACAAUACUCUGUCAGCCACUCCAAGGGCAGGACACUCAAUGAUUACUUUGGCAACAGAUCAGGAGGACAAAGAUUUGGAAUCGUCAGAAACAGGUUUCCCACAGCCACACAGUUUAUUAAUAUUUGGUGGUGGAGACAAUGAAGGGGGAUUUUUCUUCGACACCUUGACUCUGCCAGUUGACAGUCUCCUCAGUUCCUAAGAUGUCUGUAGUUUUUACUUAAAGAUGAAGUGUUUUUUUUUUUGUUUAAUAGUAUUAUGCUUGAGAACAUCUUUUCUGUUUGUAUUACUAAUUGUGUCGUACGGUGUAUGGGUUAGUAAUGUGACCUUACUGUUAAUUCUCCGAUACAGCUUUCUGUGUUUUCAAUUACAUUUGCUGAUUGUUGUUAAACUAUGUGGCCAGUAGAGGGCAAGAUGAUUACACAUGUU